CCGUGGCCGUAAUGUCAGCGUACGACGCUGACGACCCACAUGAAGGUGACAACGCCCGUCUGUCCUACUCGCUGCAAAAGAACGUCAUUGAUGAGAGCUCCGGUCUGCCUAUGUUCACUGUUGACAGGCAAACGGGAGCUCUGCGAACUGCCGUCUGCUGUCUAGACAGGGAGCACACCGCCUCUUAUGGGCUUGUGCUUGCUGCUACUGACGGAGGAGGUCUUCAAGGUACUUGCAGCGUUAACGUAUACAUCGACGACGUCAACGAUGUUCCUCCUUCUUUCGUGCAAUCUCACGUGGAAGUUUCGGUCCCCGAAUAUCGUCAACCAUCUUACGAUGAUUCUUCGUCCCAUGGAAUAUCGUCAUCCAACAGAGCAUCGUCCUCUCACGUCUUAUCGCCCAUCGAAGAUACGUUCCCGAAUGGAGGUUCAUCUUCUAGCGCCAUGUUUUCUUCCCACGUAGAAUUUCCAGCGUCCAAAUCCCGCAGCAACUUCUCGGAAAAUUUCAUCACGACUCUCGUGGUGGCUGAUCCUGAUGAAAGCAACGUGUUUGCAUACCGGGUGGUGCCGAGAAGCGGGCUCGGCUGGCAGCUGGUGGAAGUGAGAGCCGGCGCAGCUGGUGCAGACCUGUUCUCUAGAGUGCCGCUGGAUUUUGAGAACCCCCAGCACAGAGCGGGAUUCAAUUUCAGAGUGCAGGUCACCGACCAGGGCGACAUCCCAUGGAGCUCGCACCCCCGCGUGUCGGAAUGCUCUGUCACGGUCACCGUCCAGGACCUGAACGACAACCGUCCAGCGUUCAGCACCGCGUCAGUUGAGCAGAGCGUGGCGCUGCCUGAGGACCUGCCGUUGCUCUCCUUCGUCGCCUCCUUCAGCGCGUCUGACCUCGACACCCUUCCCCCCAUGGCAGGGCGCAGGGAUAAGGAAUUGCCAGGGUUGCCUGCAGGGUCGAGGAUCCCCUUCACCUUGACCCUGGACGACCCUGACGACUGGUCUCAGGGUCAUGGCCCGCCCUUUGAUCUCCAAACUAACCUCACGGACGAUGCCGGGUACAGGGUUAGCUUCAACCCUGGACGAGUGUCCACGGGUGGUGGGGUUGUGGUGGCAGCUGAACUGCUGACGCUGAAGUCACUUGAUUCGGCUGUGUCAGUGCCACUGACACUGUCAGACGCUGGUUCACCGCCCAUGCGACGUCUGAUAACUCUGACCCUGGUGCCUCAUUCAGCUGAGUCAGCUCAUCGAGACGUCAGUGUCGUUAAGAUUGCCACUGUCGUGUCAGCUGAGGCGACCUCUCCUGUUCCCAUCGGGCGUCUCGCUCACUUGCCCUUUCUUGGCGCUGCAACGCAACGCCAUGGAACCAACGCUGAAGCGGAUACUGUGUCGUAUCAAUUCUGGAAUAAAUUCAGGCUCAGUUCCGAUGAGCCUCUUCCCAAGACUAAAAAAUUUGUGGGUAAUUCAAGCCGUGGAUUAAAUAAACCCAGCGCUAGAAUUACAUGGCUAGGAUCUAAUUCUGGAAUCCACCUGGAUAGCGACUCAGGUUUUUUACUGCUGGACCCUGCAGCUGGCCUGGGACGGCAUGAAGCGAAGCUGCUUCUCUCGUCAACGUCUGGGGACGAGCAAGAGCUCACCGUUUACGCUGACGUCAGUAACAUCGGAGUUGCUGAAGCGCUCAGAUCUACUCCAGUCGACCUCGCCAUCCUGCCUCGUGACCUCCUGACGAGUUCUGACGCUGAGGUCAGUGGUGAUGUAGCGGACCAACUUUUGGAUCCGUUUUAA